UGUCUUAAGAAACAAUUUGUGUACGAAACAAUGCAAAUGUCAAACUUAUGUUUGUAAAUAAUACAAGAAAAAAUACUUAUUUUAAUUAUUCUUUAUUAAAGUAAAAUUAAUAAAAGACAAUAUGGUUUACAUACAUUUCCCGUCAAAUUUAACCGAAGAAGAAUUGAUGUUACAAGCAAAAUAUCAAAAACUAAAGAAAAAACGAAAAGCAGUACAAGAUUUAAAAGCUCCAAAACCUGAACCAGAAAAACCAAUAAUACCAAAACGACCAGCGGAAGCUAGAGAUGCUCGUGAAGUUGCAAAAAAAUUAAUUAAGUCUGGGGCAAUAAAUCCAAUAUCAAAACCACAAAAAAGUUCGGAUCAAGCCUUCAAACGACCUAGAGGAUUAGAACGUAAAUUGAUUACUGAUAAAACUUUAAGUAGCUAUCAACCGUUUUCCGCAACACAAUUAGAAAAUGGCGAUCCUGAAUCGCCUGAAAAUCGACCGCCACGAAUCAAAAAUAAGAAUUUGUAUGAUUCAUUUGUAAGUCAACGUGAUCGUGAGGAACGUGGGAUUACUGAAAAACGUAAAGAAGCCGAUAAACCACGACAUGGAAAUACAAUUUACGUUUCUGGUUAUCAAAUCACUGAAGAGUAUCUCCGAAAACAUUUUAGUAAUAUUGGAAAUAUCGUAAAUAUAUCAAUGGAAAUUGAAAAAAAUCGAGGAUUUAUAACUUUUGAUAAAGUUGAACAUGCAGAAAGAGCAAUAACUGAAUUUGAUGGAAGUAUGACGUCUGGUAUACAAUUAAAUGUUUCAUUUGCAAGAAGGCAGCCACAAAUUGAGCCUAUUAAUGAUGCAACAUCCUCAUCGACAUGGUCUAUUGCUGCAGCAAGUAAUUCACAAAAAGGCAAUCACCGUGAUAAACGAGAUUUAGUAAUUUAUGAUGAUAUUUUUAAUUAA